GAACAUGUUCUCUAAAGAUAUUCUCCGACUUCACUCCGGCACAGUGACUCAGUAGAACUCAGCUCUGCCAUGAAGCCCACUGUCCUUUUUCUCCUGGGCAUCAUCUUCCUGGAUCAGUGUGGAGUUCAAGGAACCCUAGUCAUAAGGAAUAUACGAUGCUCCUGCAUCAGCACCAGCCAAGGCACGAUCCACUACAAAUCCCUCAAAGACCUCAGACAGUUUGCCCCAAGCCCUAAUUGCAACAAAACUGAAAUCAUUGCUACACUGAAGAACGGAGAUCAAACCUGUCUUGAUCCAGAUUCAGCAAACGUGAAGAAGCUCAUGAAAGAAUGGGAGAAAAAGAUCAGCCAAAAGAAAAAGCAAAAGAGGGGGAAGAAACACCAAAAGAACAAGAAAAACAGAAAACCUAAAACACCCCAAAAUCCUCGUUCAAAGAAAACUACAUAAGAGACCACUUUACCAACAAGCGCUCUGCAUCUAAAUGGUUUCCAGAUCAUACUGAAAAGCCUCCCCUGGCGGAGCAGCCUUUAAUACAUAAACUUUUAAUACAUUAACUGCAAAACAUAAAAGCGUGAAUUUGAAGUUAUAACUGAAGCUAGGAAGUUAAUUGUAAAACUCAAAUAGUAAGAAGUGCUAGAGGCAAAAACUGUCUUUGUUCUACACAGCCAACAAAAUUUCAUCGAGCCCUUGAGCACAGUCAUGAUAAUAUCAAAUCUGGGCAAGCAUCCACACAUAGUUAAUCCCAUGCACAACAGCUGCCUGGCUUCCAGAGCCACACAUUUUGCAGCCUUCGGAGUCUUCUGAGGCUCACGUCACCAAACCCCAGGCCUGUCUGUUUGCUGGUGAGCUAGACAGACCUCACUAAGCUGGAGAGGCCAUCAGCAACUACAAUUGGGUCAGCCUAGAUUCCCCCCCCCCCCCCCCCCCCCCCCGCACAAAGUGUGUCUCAGAGAUCAGUGCUAAUGGUUUGGGGGUUCUACAGCAGAGACCACCAGAGCUGGCCUUCAGAACCUGCCAUGUAGCUUUUGAGACCACGGGAUUUCACCAUUAACUUGAUCCCAUCUUCAGGGCUUAUUCCAAGUUUGCCUCUUCAAUAAAACUCUCCUAGAAAGUUAUGGAUGUAGCUUAAUGCAGGACACUUGAUGUUGCACGGAAAGAACAUUUCCUGGCUGCUCAAACUCUUAAAUCUAUUCCUCUUGUUGCUCAGUGUUUCAUGAGGAAACACUUCACUGUUUGUUAUCUAAUUGGAUUUUCUUUGUUGGUUUGUUUUUCUCCUUCCAACGAGAUCGGUUUUUUUUUUUUUUGAGAGUAGGGGCCACAGAUUAUUCCCGUAACUCUUCCACUGUGCCUAUAAGAAUCUGGUUUUGAAUAAUUUCCUAAUUGUAUGUGUGAGAGGUGGAAAGGCUGUUACACACCAGGCAUUGGCCAAUCCCCGGCUACUCCAUAUUGCCUAACUAACCCACGGCCUCCUUGUCUGCUUACUUGCUAUUUUUUUAAGACAGUUUUUCAUCUGGCUGUCCUAAAACUCACAAAGUAGACAAGGCUGGCCUUGAAUUCACAUAUCUGCAUUCUGCUGCCUCCUGAAUGCUGGGAUUAAAGAUGUGUGCUGCUACACCUGCCUGCCUCCC